AUGAGCCACCCAGCUCCCACCUCACCCAUGGAUGAGGUCACCUUCCGAAGCGACACCGUGCUCUCCGAUGUCCACCUCUACACCCCAAACCAGAGACACCUCAUGGUGCGGCUGAAUGGCGUGGGGCAGCCGGUUUUCCUGUCCCAGUUCAAGUUUCUGUCGAGCCACGACUCAGGGACAGACUCAGGGGCUGAGCUUGGAGACCACAGAGACUCUUACUCAGAGAAGGCUCCCCACGCUGGGCCUGGCCCACUGGAACUCCCUCCUGGAAGUGACCACAGCCGUGAGAGUCCUUCCCUCCAGACCAGCCGGGAAGAGGCAGGAGCCCAGCUGGACGAGGAUGGGGACUUAGAUGUGGUGAGAAGACCCCGGGCCGCCUCUGACCCCGACCCAUCGAGGCCUCCCAGAGACAAAGUGCACCCCGUGAUUCUAAGACAGGAAGAGGAGGACAGCUUGGGAGAUGAGGCAGCACAGGAAAGCAGCCUCUGCAAUGUCAUUAAAAUAGAGCACACCAUGGCCACCACGCUGGAGGACGUGGGCAAGCAGGUGUGGCGCGGUGCCCUGCUCCUGGCGGAUUACAUCCUGUGCCAGCGGGCCCUCCUCCAGGGGUGCACCGUGCUGGAGCUCGGGGCGGGCACAGGGCUGGUCAGCAUCGUCGCGGCCACGCUGGCCCGGACCGUGUACUGUACAGAUGUUGGUGCUGACCUCUUGGCCAUGUGCCAGCAGAACAUUGCCCUUAAUGGUCACCUGACUGCGGGCAUAGUCAAGGUCAGAGAGCUGGACUGGCUCCGAGAAGACCUGUGCACAGAUCCCGAGGUCCCCUUCUGUUGGUCAGAAGAGGAAGUGUCUGACUUGUACAGUCACACCACCGUGCUGCUUGCAGCUGAAGUGUUUUAUGAUGACGACUUAACUGAUGCUCUGUUUAAAACACUCACCCGAAUCGCUCACAAGCUGAAAAAUGCCUGCACAGUCAUCUUGUCAGUGGAGAAGAGGCUGAACUUCACGCUGAGACACUUGGACGUGACGUGUGAAGCCUAUGACCACUUCCGCGCCUGCCUGCAUGCCCUGGAGAAGCCGGCCACCAGCCAGGUGCGCUUCUCCGUAGAGCCAGUGGGCGCCAACUUCCCACAGCAUCUCGUCUACGAGCGCAUCAGACAGCUGGAGCUCUGGAAGAUCCUCGUGGAACCAGUCACCUGA